AUGCCGGGCCAGACAGUCACAGACCUCAGCAGGUAUUUGCUCGCCGGCCGCCUCUCGCCACACGGUUGCUUGAUUGCGCGCCGUCCAGUAGCACGGCGGAUUCUCGCCCGAUCCUGUACCAUCAUCGCCACCUCCACCGCCACAACAGCGCAUCGAGUCAGACACCUCCAUGACGCACCGCAGGCUGCCGCGACACCUACACCCCCUCUCGCGCCGCAACCCCCCAACUUUCGCAAAAAGCUCAAGGACGAGGCCAGGCUCGCCAAGAAGAAGCAAUGGGGGGGCAAGAAGAAGCUCAAGUCGGACAAUCAGACCGUCGACGGCUGGGAGCUCACCGUCGGCAUCGAGAUUCAUGCACAGCUCAACACUGCGCGCAAGCUCUUCUCGUCCGCCGCCACCUCGUUCAACGACAACCCCAAUAGCCAUGUCACGCUCUUCGACGUCGCCAUGCCCGGAAGUCAGCCAAGUUUCCAAAAAGAGACGCUGAUUCCCGCCCUCCGCGCCGCCCUCGCCCUCCACUGCGCGAUCCAGAACCGCAGCCGCUUCGAUCGAAAACACUACUUUUGGUGGGACCAACCCGCCGGCUACCAGAUUACGCAGUACUAUCAGCCAUUCGCCAAAAAUGGCCACAUCACCCUGCUGGCUAGGGACGGUAUUGCGGCCGAGGACGGCGAGAGCGUCACUGUCCGCAUCAAGCAAGUGCAGCUCGAGCAAGAUACGGCCAAAACACUAGCUCAAGUGGGCAACACACAGUGGCUGGAUUUCAACCGUGUUGGUGUGCCCCUGGUCGAAAUCAUUACGGAACCCGAGAUGCACUAUCCCAGAACAGCUGCUGUGUUUGUUCGAAAAAUCCAGCUUCUCUUGAAUACGGUGGAUGCUUGCGUAUCAGGCAUGGAAGCUGGUGGCUUGCGUGCCGAUGUCAACGUCUCGGUGCGCAGAACGGGUGACCCCAAUACCCCGCUUGGCACCCGAACGGAGAUCAAGAACCUAAGUACCGUCAAGUCCGUCGAAGAUUCCAUCAUCGCCGAGAGAGACCGACAAAUCCGCGAGCUCGAAGCGGGCGGCGUCAUUGCUAGUGAAACGCGCGGUUGGGCUGUUGGCUCGACAGAGACCCGUAGACUACGUGGCAAGGAGGGUGAGGUCGACUACCGCUACAUGCCGGAUCCCGAUAUCGAGCCGCUCAUCAUUGGCAACGACCUAGUCCAGCAUUUGCAAGAGUCGCUUGCAGUACUUCCUGAUAAGGAGCUCGACAGUAUGGUGGCCGACUACGGUCUCACGGCCAAAGACGCGCUCUCUCUCAUUACACUUGACAACGGUGCUCGAGUUCAAUAUUUCUAUCGUGUUCUCGAUAUUAUCGGCGAAAGUUUCCAAAACUCGGGUGCAGAGUUCAAGAACUACGCGACCCUUGUCGGCAAUUGGGUCAUUCACGAGCUCGGCCGCCUCACGACGUACAAGGCCGGGCCGCUUGCGUCGGCCGAGCUCACCUUUUCACAGGAGGGCGAGUGCGCGCAAGUGCCCGCGAGCCAUCUCGCGCAGCUCCUGUACCACCUCUACCAGAAGCAAAUCACCGGCAAGGUGGCCAAAGAGCUCCUCGUCGCCAUCCAUCUCGGAGAGAUGGGCGACGGUGACGUGACGUCGGCCAUUGAUAUCAACAAUUUGUGGUUCCGCGAGUUGUCAAAGGACGAGUACGUCGCAAUGGCCGAGGAGGCGAUGCAGGGUGAGGACAAGGUCCUGCAGGAGUUUAUCCGCUAUGACAAGUUUCCGCAGGGCAAGCUCAUGUUCCUGGUGGGCAAAAUGAUGCGCCUGGGUCCGACGGAGAGGAUAGACCCGUCAACGGCGGAGAGCGUCAUGCGCGCCAAGGUUGAUGGCCUCUAUGCCAAGUAG